UUCACUCUACAGUUUGCAAGACUAGGUCAGAAGAGCAAGACUGAAGUUUGGGAAGGUCCAAAACAGAGAAAAGGACUUUAAUUAUGGUCAUAAAACGUAUACAGGAUUGUUUUCGUAAGCAAUCAGCUGCGGAAAAGGAGGACACACAUGCCAGCUCUGAAGAUGAAAAUAAAGAGCGUGGAAAUUGGAGCCGAAAGUCUGACUAUAUCCUCUCUAUGAUUGGUUAUGCUGUAGGUCUGGGUAACGUCUGGAGAUUUCCGUACCUUGCCUAUAAGAAUGGAGGAGGUGCCUUUCUAAUUCCAUAUACGAUCAUGCUAGCACUUGCUGGCCUCCCGUUGUUCUUCUUGGAAUGCUCCUUGGGUCAGUUUUCCAGUCGAGGACCAAUUUCUGUAUGGAAAGUCGUACCAAUUCUACAAGGUGUUGGAGUGAUGAUGGUUCUUAUUACAACAUGUGUUUCCAUUUAUUAUAACAUUAUUAUUGCCUACAGCUUAUAUUACAUGUUUGCCUCAUUUCAAAGCAUACUUCCUUGGUCUCAGUGCUUUGAGUGGGCAGAUGAAAAGUGCAGUAAGACCAUCCGAGGUUCAUGCAAUGUUACAUUAUUUGCAAAUGAUGUCGUCACAUAUAACCUUACCUAUGUCAAAGAAAGAAAUCUAACCUGUAUGAAGGACAGCAGGGUCCUAGAGCACGUGGACCUGCCAAGCAAACAAUACUGGGAGAAAGUAGCGCUCAAACAGUCAAGCGGCCUUGACGAGACUGGUGAAAUCGUGUGGUACUUGGCUCUAUGUCUCCUUCUAGCUUGGAUAAUUGUUGGUGCUUCCCUUUUCAAAGGGAUUAAAUCAUCCGGAAAGGUGGUGUACUUUACGGCAGUAUUUCCCUACAUUGUGCUUAUCAUCCUUUUGGUCCGUGGAGCUACACUAGAUGGGGCCUUUGAUGGAAUUGACUAUUAUAUUGGAAAUCAGUCAAACUUUACGAAACUUAAGGAGGCAGAGGUUUGGAAAGACGCUGCCACUCAGAUCUUUUUCUCACUUUCUACAGCCUGGGGUGGACUCAUAGCUCUCUCAUCAUAUAACAAAUUUCACAAUAACUGCUAUUCCGAUGCCAUUCUAGUCUGUGUCACCAACUGUGCAACAAGUGUUUUUGCUGGAUUUGCUAUAUUUUCUAUCCUGGGACACAUGGCCUACAUUUCAGAGAAAUCUGUAUCAGAUGUGGUGGAUUCAGGUUUUGGCCUGGCAUUUAUUGCAUACCCUGAAGCUUUGACACAACUUCCGAUAUCUCCGCUUUGGUCAUUCCUGUUUUUCUUCAUGCUCCUAACUUUGGGUCUGGACUCACAGUUUGCCAUGAUCGAAACAAUGAUUACCUCCAUCCAAGAUGCAUUUCCUCAGCUCAUGAAGAGAAGGCGGGUUCCUAUCACUAUCACUUGCUGUUCGGUUUUGUUUCUUCUAGGGUUGGUCUGUGUAACACGGUCAGGAAUUUACUGGGUGAAUCUGAUUGAUUACUUCUGCGGUGGAUGGGCGAUUCUUAUUGCUGCAGUGCUAGAGCUGGUGGGAAUAUGCUGGAUUUAUGGAGCCAAUCGGUUCAUUGAGGACAUAGAAAUGAUGAUUGGAAAGAAACACUGGGCUUUCUGGCUGUGGUGGCGAGCCUGCUGGUUUUUCAUAUCACCAGUACUUUUAACAACAAUUCUCGUGUGGUCACUUGUUACCUUUGAAUAUCCAUCAUAUGGCACUAUCUUGUAUCCCACCUGGGGCGUAGCUUUAGGCUGGUGUUUGAUAUGUUUUUGCAUUCUAUGGAUACCACUUGUGGCUAUCGUGAAAGUGGUGCAAGCAAAGGGAAAUUUGUUGCAAUGCUUUCGGCCACAUGGAACCUGGGGACCAGCAUUGAGCCAGCACCGAGGGGAUCGAUACCAGCACAUGCCUGAUGACCAUAAAGAAAAGAAUGUUGUGGAGAUUCCAACAAUCAGUGCCUUGGAUGGAUAUGAUAAUGAUGCUUAUCUUUGACCACAUUGGUCUAAAUCAGUACUUUUGGCAGAUAACUGUUCUAGAGGGCUUAUUCGACCAUAUUAAUGUUCUCCUCAUGGAAAGGGAUCUCUACUGCAUAACACUGAACUUGCUACAUGCAUUUAAAGGAACACUCCAAGAACUCCAGCACACUGUAGUGGUUAUGGUGGCAGGAGUACCUUAGCAUAUGCCCAUUUUAAGUAGUCAAACCAUUUAAGAACAGCUUGACUUUAACCCGGGGACUGUCUGGAAGCCACCCCCUGCCUCCACCACUCCCGACUGAGAGCCAGAAGAUCCUAAACAGCAGCUUCCAUUAGCUCUCCUGAACUAGGCCCUGGAGUGCAGGACUAGCUCACUUGCUGAGAGCAUCAAAUAAUGACUCAUAGCUAAAGAGCUAAGCCUUGCACCACCUGGCAUAGCUCAGACAGAAAUCUUCUGGCUCUCCAUCAAAUGUAGCGGAACCUGGGUAAGACAUCAAACCAUGCUGUAGUGGUUAUGGUGCUUGGAGUGUUCAUAUAAUACACUUUUACAAAGAAAGGCUGCACACACCCGGACAAACAAACAAACAAUAUAAGGGUACUAGACUCAUAUUACAUUUUUAUAAAAAACACCUAAUAUUUCAAAAUACAGGGUUUUCUUUAAGUUUUAAUGAACACUUGACUUGGGUAAAAAUAGCAUUCAACCCCUGUACAGUUCAUGCUUUAUGUUAAACUUGAUUUUGA